CGGAAUUGUGCUGUAGAGCUGUCAACGCCUUCUGAUGUGUGUAAUACUGCACAAGUCUUAUGAUAUCUUUACAAUACAAGCAUGAGUCAUGAGCACUGGCGUCAUAGGCGGGCAUAUAGUGACGGCCAACGUCCCCGGUCCCACCAUCUGCCCCUCAAAGACCUCCCUCGAAAAUAUGCAGUGACACAGAGCGAUGAAAACCUUGCUGUACCGGAAUGUCCCCAUAUGCCGAGGUCGAGUUCUAUGCAGUCCUUGAACACAGAUUUUGUGGAUGCUGCAAGUGAUGAUUCAUUUCAGAAAGAAGUAGCAGAGAAAACACAGAUGUAUUUUGUUGGGAAACAAGAAGCGGAGACUGAAGUCUUUUUGGACAGAAUUAUCAAAAAAGAAGGCAGCAAAGACCGUGCAUUGCUUUUCAUUGUGUCAGAAAUAAUGAACGAAAAUAAGGUGCAAAUGUUAAUUAAUAGCUUACUGCACCGUGGUGCUAAUCCUUCUGCUAGCAAUAAGGAUAUGUGGACACCAUUACACUAUGCCGUCAAGAAAAACUAUAAAGGUGUCUGUUCUAAACUACUGGAGCAUGAGGCUUGGCCAGAUGCACGUGACAAAAAAGGGGUUAUGCCAUAUACACUUGCAUUCGAGGCAGGAAAUGACGACAUUGCCGCCAUGCUCAUUACAUACAUGAGCAAUGAAUUUGUUCGUAAAAUAUACAGCAGCGAUAAGAAUGCACCCGCCGAAUUUAGUUUUCAUACUCUUCUAAACAAAAAUAUGCAGAAAACAAUCCUGGCUGUGUUGGAUUGCAUGAUAGACCCAGUCAGUCCUAGUGGUGAUGUAUGUGUGUAUUACAAUGUCCUAGAGGCAGAUGGAUAUGGACGAGUUCCGACGGAUUCUCAUUUCAAUCCACGGUCAAAAUCCGGGCUGCAGAUCAUAGCAAAGAGUGGUAAUAAAACUAUAGUCUACCAUGAUGUUGUUCGUUUACUUAUACGCAGGAAGUGGAAAGAAUACGCCAGAUUCCGUUUUUUAAUAAAUUCCUUAUUUUACAUAAUUACCCUGAUAACCAUUACAUUUUCCGCCAUUGUUGCCAGUUCAACACCUGAUCCAUCAGUUUAUGACCUUUCUGCUCUACAAAUUGGGCGCGCAGUCUGUGAAAUCUGGUCGCUUGGAAUGGCCAUCCUAACGCUUUUCUCGGAAUUAAAUCAAUUGCGUAAACAUCGCUUGGAGUAUUGGCAGGAUGCAUUUAACUGGAUUGAUCUUUCCUCCUCCAUAUUGAUAAUUAUAAUCUUACCAUUACGAUUUACCCAGACGUCGGAGCAAUGGUUUGUAUUCUCAGCUGCUUAUCUACUUUGGACAGUGAGAAUAUUCAAAUACGCUGCUGUUUUCAGACAAACGGGAGCAUAUGCCCAGAUUUUAUGGAGGAUUCUUAUUCAUGAUAUUUUCCAGUUCACCACUUUCUUUCUCUUUAUCCUCUUGGCCUUCAGUGGAUGUCUUCUUUUGUCUCUUCGUGGAGAAGGCUCAUUGGAACAGUUUCAUGAAAGCAGUUCAUUCUGGUCAAUCCUAUUUGUUGGUGUCAGGAUCCUGAUAGAAGCAGAGAGAAUUAUAGAAUAUACAGAACUUCAGACUAUGAGUCUUAUCAUCAUGGUGGUAUUUCUGUUUACAAUCUGUGUCCUUCUACUAAACAUUCUGAUAGCUCAACUCAGUGACACUUACCAAAAUGUCCAGCAGGACGCUCAGAGGGGGUUAGAGGUCAACAGAGCCUGGAUUGUUGCUCGUGUUGAACUGAAUAGUCUUUAUAUUGGACAGGGACAUCGAACAACACAUUACAAAGAAAGUGAAAACAUUUAUGAUGUGAGAGAUGUGCUAGAAAAAUGGGAAAGCCCUCCAUUAAAUGAGAUGAACAAGUAUAUUCAAGAUAUAUGGGAGGGUCUUGAUUCUCACAAAAUGAACCUGUUGACGAUUAGAAAUAGAUUGGCAAGACAAGAAUCGGCUUUGUCUAAAAUCCAAGAUACACUGGAUAAACUUUUGGAAUUGGAGGAAAAGAGGCAAGAGCUUUCCGAAUUUCAACAUUCAUAGAAAUUUACUGACCGUUUGAAGUGUCCUAUAACACUACUUCCGAACCCUAAUUGUUUAUCUUAAAAAUCUUACUGUAGAUUAGCUGUUUCCUUGAUUUCUUUGAAGCUUUACAUAUAAUUUUGAAUUACUUUCUUAUGUUUAAUGAUGUACUAGUAUAUUGAGAAUUAUAAGAUUUAAAUUGU